AUGUUGGCCACUUCCUCAGCGACUCGCUUCUUUGUCAAGAGGGCAAUUCAUCAAGGUGCAAGGACUGCAUCUCGCGCAUUUGCCAGCCAAGCUUGUGCAUUCACCCCUCGAGGUGUCAAGUUUGCCCCAAGAGAACAACCAGCGUAUAAUAAUAGCCAACGAGCUUUCAAGAGCACGCUUGCGGAACCACGCACAUCUGCAGAAUCACGUGACUCUUAUAACAUUUCACAAAAUGUGGAAGGAACCGAUGCCUGUUUGAAGGUUGGCCUUGACAAACUUGGCAUUACCAAUCCUUCCAUGAUCCAUCGAAACUUGACCUACCAAGAGUUGUACGAACAUGAACAGGCUAACAAGGAAGGUGUUGUGGCCAAGGCUGAAUACGGUGAUACUUUUGCAGUCGACACUGGAAAGUACACUGGCCGUUCCCCCAAGGACAAAUGGGUAGUCUUGAACCCAGGAUCUGAAAGUGCCGAACAUAUGGAUUGGAAUGACAUUAACCAACCCUGUGAACCAUGGGUAUUCGACGAGUUGUACGACAAGGCUGUCGCCCAUUUCAACACGUUGGAUAGAUGCUAUGUCUUUGACUGCUAUGUCGGCGCAAGUCCCACCUCCCGAAGAAAGGUCCGAUUUGUCCACGAAAUGGCAUGGCAACAACAUUUUGUUACCAAUAUGCUCAUUCGUCCCGAGACGCCCGAAGAGCUUGAGAACUUUGAACCUGAUUUCACAAUCAUCAAUUGCUGCUCUCAGGAAGACACGGACUUUAAACGACACAAAUUGAAUUCGGAAACUGCGGCGGUCUUCAACGUUGAGAAGAGCAAAGCUGUUAUCUUUGGCACAUGGUAUGGUGGAGAGAACAAAAAGGGAGUCUUUUCGUUGAUGAACUACUGGCUGCCGCUCUCUGAUCCUCCACAAUUCCCAAUGCAUUGCUCCGCAAACGUUGGCAAGGAAGGAGACGUCGCCUUGUUCUUUGGACUCAGUGGAACAGGCAAGACGACUUUGUCUGCCGACCCACACCGUGCUUUGAUCGGGGAUGACGAGCAUGGUUGGGAUGAAGAGGGAGUAUACAACUUCGAAGGAGGUUGCUACGCCAAGACCAUCAACUUGUCGGAAGAGACCGAGCCAGAUAUCUACAGAGCCAUCCAUACGGAUGCACUCUUGGAAAAUGUCAAGAUUUUGGAUGAUAUGACACCCGACUACGCUGAUGUCACCAAGACGGAGAAUGGACGAGUUUCGUAUCCAAUCUUUCACAUUCCAAACUACCACAAACCGCAAAUGGCUGGACAUCCAGAGAAUAUCAUCUUCCUUUCCUGUGAUGCCUUUGGAGUCUUGCCUCCUGUCGCCAAGCUAAGUAGUGGCGAAGCCAUGUACCAUUUCCUUUCUGGUUACACUGCCAAGGUUGCUGGUACGGAGCGUGGAAUUGUCGAACCACAAGCUACAUUUUCGACUUGUUUCGGUGCUGCUUUCAUGACACUUCAUCCUACAGUGUACGCAGACUUGCUACAACAAAAGUUGGACAAAUACGGUACCCAUACGUACUUGGUCAAUUCUGGAUGGUCUGGUGGUGCAUAUGGAGAAGGAAAACGCAUGUCUAUCAAGACAACUCGUACUUGUAUUGAUGCUAUUUUGGAUGGUUCCAUUCAACAUACUGAGUUCAAGAAGGACCCAAUCUUUGGAUUCGAUGUUCCCGUUGCACUCGACGGAGUUGAACCAAGUGUUCUCGACAUCCGAAGUACUUGGAGCGAUCCAGAAAAGUACGACAAACAAGCCAAGAAGCUAGCGCAAAUGUAUACUGAUAACUUCAAGAAGUACGAAGGCAAGGGAUCGGUUGACUACACCAAGUUCGGCCCACAAAUCUAA